AUGAAUAUUCCUAGCUAUCGACCGAAUUACUACAGCUUGGAAGAUAUUACGGUAACACAAGAACGUGUACCAUGUCGGGCUACCCAGGAUCUGUAUAUGAUGGGAUUUUUGGAUGCUUCCGAAAAGUCGGCCAACUUAACCAACAACCAUACGCUGGAACUGCCACUGUGGGUUAUACUGCAGCAAGAUGAACGAAACCCACAUUUCGAGGCUCAGAUUCCGGACAUUUACAGUGCGGCAUACAAGGAAAUCUACAAAGCAGACGCUAAUUAUGUCGAACUUGGUGCGUUGUGUAAAUUCUACUUCGAGCUAGGUAUGUACUUGUCGCGCUACGAUGGCACCAACAGCGUUCCGGAAAUGUUACACGUCACGGCCCAGGAGCGAAUGAAAGUUUUGAAAGACCUGUGCCAAAACGUUGGAAACGAAAGCCUGAAUGUGAAUAGUAAAUUUGAGUUCAUGGAACGAUUGCUGUUCAGCGAAGGGUGCAAAACUAACAAACUGUUUGACGAUUGGCUCCAGGAGCGGCAGGUUCACAUCAAAUCGACCGAAAUAGCCGUCAACUUACGCAAGCGCAAGCGAAGUCUCGAUAGCGAAGUGCAGGAAGAACAAUAA